AUGGCAACUUGCUUAAUUUGCCUUGGAAUGGCUGGAUCUGGUAAAACAACUUUUGUCCAGAGAGUUAAUGCGUACUUACAUAGCCGUCAAACUCCGCCAUAUAUUGUCAAUCUGGAUCCUGCUGUACAUGAAGUCCCUUUUCCAGCUAAUAUAGAUAUCCGGGACACUGUUAAAUACAAAGAAGUUAUGAAACAGUACGGACUAGGGCCCAAUGGAGGAAUCGUAACAUCACUUAAUUUAUUUGCGACGCGAUUUGAUCAGGCAAUUAAAUUUAUAGAAAAAAAGCAACACGACUAUAAAUACGUACUAUUUGAUACUCCUGGUCAAAUUGAAGUUUUUACUUGGUCAGCAUCUGGUUCAAUCAUCACUGAUUCGCUGGCAUCAACCUGUCCCACUGUCAUUGUUUAUGUUAUGGACACCUCUAGAUGUGUAAGCCCCAUUACUUUUAUGUCCAAUAUGCUUUAUGCUUGCAGUAUAUUAUACAAAUCAAGACUUCCAUUUGUCUUAGUUAUGAAUAAAAUUGAUAUAGUGAGCCACGAUUUUGCUAUCGAGUGGAUGACUGAUUUUGAGUCAUUUCAGCAAGCGGUUGAUGAAGAAGGCUCUUAUAUGGCUAAUUUGACUAGUUCUAUGAAUCUUGUUCUAGAUGAAUUCUAUAAUAAUCUGAAGACUGUUGGGGUUUCUGCUGUUACUGGUGAAGGCUUAGAUGAAUUUUUUACCGCUGUUGAUAGUGCAAGAGAAGAAUAUCUAACGUAA